CUUUCUCUUCCACUUACUCAUUCUCUGUUUCUUACUUUUGGAGCAAAAAUGGAGGUGGGGAGUUGCAGCUCUUUGGAAAAGAGUAUGUGGGUACCCUCAGUCAUGGAGGCUUUUGUGGUUGAGGCUCUUGUUGCUGCUUCUGAGUCUCUCACCUGCCUUGUCUUGCUGACUGGAUCAUUGCUGAAUGAAAUCGAUGGAUUACCAAAAUUGAAUUUAAUUGAUGAGAGUUUUUCUUUAGAUGAACUUCACAAAAGGGAACGCCCUGAUCCAGAUGUUAAAGAUACUAGUGAAACAGAGGAUGAUGACGAUGAAGAUGAGGAUAACGCAGAUGAACAGGAUGAUGACGAAAAUGAUGAAGAUUUCUCUGGUGAAGAAGAAGGUGAGGAAGAAGGGGAUCCUGAGGAUGACCCUGAGGCUAAUGGUGAUGGAGGAAGCGAAGACGAUGAUGAGGACGACGAUGAUGAUGAUGGUGAUGACAAUGAUGGAGAUGAAGACGAAGAUGAGGAAGAUGAGGAAGAAGAGGAGGACGUUCCUCAGCCACCUACUAAAAAGAGAAAGUGAAGACUAACAAUAGCUCCACUAGCUUCGAUAUGUUUCUUUACCUUUGUCUCGGGAGCUUUUAGUAGGGAAGGUGGGAUUUAGUUGAUCAGAUUGCUUAGAGUAGAAAAAAUUGCAUCCCCACUAUGAAUGAGCAGCUUUUCGAGUGUUUAUCUUGUUAUUUCGGAUAUAUCAUGGUACAUGUUGUCGAUGCGGAUAUUGUGCCCAUUCGUGCUGAAUUUGUAGAAAUUGGGCAUCUUUAUUCCAGUUUAUUUAUGACUGAUGAGUAGAAGUUGGCUGGCGUUGGCUCA